AUGGGCUCACUAAGAUCAUUCAUCAGGGCUGUGCGUUCCAGCCGGACCAUUGCCGAUGAAAGGGCUGUUAUAAGAAAGGAAUCAGCUAAAGUUAGAACUGCAUUCAGAGAUCCACAUUUGGAUGAGCCACAUUUAAGGAAAAACAUUGAGAAAUUGCUCUACCUCUACAUAUUGGGCGAGCCAACAUCAUUUGGACAGGUCGAAUGUCUUAAGUUACUUACUUCAAGGUCGUACAUCAACAAAAGGUUAGGAUAUUUGGCCGCUAUGCUUAUUUUGGAUGAGAAUCAAGAAAUUCUUACGCUUCUAACCAAUUCGUUGGAUAUUGACAUCAAAAGCACAAACCCAUAUGUUGCGGGCUUGGCAUUAUGUACAUUGGGAAAUAUUGCAUCUCCGGAAUUGGCUAAAGAUUUGUAUGCUGACGUGGACAGAAUGUUAGACAACGAUCCAAAUCACAGCAGCAACAUAUCAACUCCAUAUUUGAGGAAAAAGGCUACAAUUGUUGCGGCAAAGCUUAUAGAUAAGGACCCUGAUCUUUCCGAGCUGUUUAUAGGACGUAUUCCAAUGCUUUUGAGGGAAAAAUCGCACGGCGUUCUUCUUGGUGCUUUGCAUCUUGUUAGGGAGACCUUUAUUCACGAUCCAACAUCUCGUGAAAUACUUCGCAAACAGGCUCCAGUGAUUCUUUCACACCUUCGCUUUUUGGUAAGUACAGGCUACUCUCCAGAAUAUGAUGUGCGCUCUGUUCCGGAUCCUUUUCUUUACUGUUCAUUAUUACAAACACUCCGAUGUCUUUUAGAUAAGGAUGACAACAAUCCAAAUCUUGAGGCUCUCAACGACUUACUUGCUCAAGUUUGUGCUCGUCUCGAGAACUCAAAAGGCCCAGGAUACGCUGUUUUAUACGAAGCAGUACAAACAAUAUUUGCAAUAAAUUCGGAUUCCUCGUUGAAGGUGCUAGGAAUCAACAUUCUUAGUAAAUUCCUUUCAUUAAAGGACAACAACACUAGAUACGUGGCAUUGAACACAUUACUGAGUGUUAUAGAAUAUGAACCACUUGCAGUUCAGCGUCACAGGAAUAUUGUUGUUGGAUGUUUACAGGACGGUGAUAUCUCCAUAAGGAGACGUGCUUUAGAACUUACCUUUGCAAUUAUGAAUAAUCAAAAUAUCCGCAUGCUUACGAAAGAGUUGCUCAAAUUCUUGGGUAGAUCGGAGGAGGAUAACGACUUGAAAUCAUAUAUAACGACACAGUUCACUUUGGCUUGCUAUAAGUACUCACCAGGACUCGAAUGGACAUUCCACACACUUAUCCAAUUGCUUGAAAAGGCAGGAGAUUAUUUUUCAGAUGAUAUUUUAUCAAGUAUUCUUGCUCUCACUAUGCAGAAUGAAGAUAAGGAACUCACAAAGAAGCUUGUAAUUCAUUUGAUUGCCGCAUCAUCUUCACCCGACGCGGCUUCCGAGUUUGGACUAUCGUUAAUCACAAUUUGGUGUCUUGGUGAAUACGGAGACCUCGUUGUAGGUGUGCCAAAUUAUAAAAGUGAAAAACUAAUUACGGAGAAGCAGGAAGUGGAUCAGCUUGAGCUACUAUUAAACGCAUCAAUUCUUAAGAAGAGUUCAAGAAGGGACCAGAUCCGGCUUUACAUUCUUACGGCAUCCCUUAAAUUAUCCUCACGAUUCAAAUCAGCUAAGCAGAUUGAACAUUUACGCCAAAUGAUCAACAAGUUCAAGAAUGAUACGAACUUGGAAAUACAGAUCCGUGCAAUCGAGUAUACAGAAAUCUUUACUGAAACAAAAACAAUUAAGAGGGGUCUUUUGGAAAGGAUGCCUCCACCUCCAAGAAAGGAACAUCAAGGCAUUGCUUUGUUUGACAGAGAAGCAGGUAGGGAGAAGACAUCAAGUGGAGAGAGUGAUCAGAAAAAAGACACCGGUGAAAUGUUAUUGGAUCUUCUCGAUGAUGAAGAUAAUGUAGAUGAUCAGAAAGCGGAAGAGAGUACUUCUGGAAAUGCUGAAAUAUCUGAAUCAAAGAACGGUGCUCUUGACAUACUAAAUGAUAUUUUUGGUGAUACUGGAAUGUCUCACAAUGCACAGCAACCAGCUAAAAAACAAAGCACUUCAAAUAAGGACAUUCUAGACUUGUUCGGAAGUGUUGGAGGUGCUUCAACCACCAAAAAGACAGAGGCAGUUGACAAAAUAAGUAUUCCAGAAACGGCAAUUACCGCUUAUGAUGAUGGAAAUAUAUAUUGUGGUGUUGAUGUGGAAUCAAUUGGGGAUGGAAAGGCUAACCUAGAUAUUAUAGUUAAGAAUAUUUCAAGUGCGAGUACAAUAAACGGAAUCACCGUUCUUUGUGCAGUGACAAAAAAGCAGAAACUUGACUUGUCAGCAUUAACUCAGCGGGAACUUGCACCUAAAAAACUUGGAAAGUUGAAAGCAAAGAUUUUAGGACCUUCAGGUUCGAAAGUGAAACUGAGAGUGAGAUUGAGCUAUAAUGUUGGUGGGGAGAAGAUUCAAAGGCAAUUUGACUUUGCCGGAAUCCAGCAGCGUUUGUAA